AUCCCCAGCUUACGAUAUCUUCUUAGAUUCACCGCGUUCGAUCACGACGUUGGAGCAAAUGGAAGAGUGCUGUUCGACUUAAUCGAAGACGCAAGUACGGCAUUCGAUCUUGUGCCAGAAACCGGUGACCUCAUCUUUGUCGGAGAGCCGAGUGGUGUCGGGAAUGAUUGGAUGAUUCGAGUGAGGGAAGUUCCAUCGCUUGGCGUUGACCGCCUGUUCAGAGUCCAGAAUUCACGCUCCUCCGCUACACAACCACCAGACGCUCAGCCGAGUUUCCUCCGGCAGAAAUAUGUCUCAUCGAUUGAUGAGGGAUUAACGCGUGGACAAGUCGUCUCAAGGGUUGCGACAUCAUCCAGAGAUGCGCGGAUCACUUACAGCAUCGUCGAGGGAAAUACUGACAGCGCUUUCGAGGUCGAUGGUGACGGUGUGGUCCGAACUUCACAAGAAUUAGAUUUUGAAAUCAAAGAGCGCUAUGACCUGAAAAUCAUCGCUACGGGAGCGUUCCCCAGUCAGAUUCAGACUCAUCUGACCGUUGACGCUCUUCCUGUUGGAUCGUAUGUGACUACGGUAACCGCGAACGAUGCCGAUAAUCUGGCCGCUCUAGAAUACAGUCUUGACACGAAGGAGGAACGGUUUGUCAUAGAUCGGUUCACUGGAGUGGUACAUCUGGUCACAGCUCUGGACUACGAAACGCUCGAGGAGAUUAAUGUCGACGUGAAGGUGACAGAUGGGAAUUUCACAGCGACUACCUCGUUCCUGGUCGUCGUAAUGGAUGUCAACGAUAACGCACCCGAGUUCCAACAGCGCAUCGUCGAUUUG